AGGGCUGAAUGACCGGGGCUCGCUCCGGAGCAGCGAGGAGUUCAGCACCCGCGCCCCUUGGACAGCGACCUGGGCUCCCCAGCGCCGCCCAGCGCAGCGCCAAGCGAUCGGCACCCACCCAGCCCCGGCUGCGGGGGGGCAGCAAGCCCGAAAAGCUGCGGAUGGGCGUUUGCGGGGGAGGGAGACAGGCGCUGCAGCUCCAGCAUGAGCCGGCUCCUCCGGCCCGGACCGCUGGGGGGAGAUGAUCGCUGCCCGGCUGCGGAUGGCCGGCGGCUCCUGACUGCCCGUGGGGAGGAUGGAGACUCCAGACCCGUCGCGGUGCCUGACUCACCGGGAACGGGGUUGCUGAGGCUUUGCUAGGAGACGGCUGCCCGCCAAUGGGCCACGACUUAAAGCCUUUCUCUCUGCUUGUGGGGAGCAGGGGAACCGCUGAGGACCCCGAGGUACCAUGGAGACGGGGCAGCCCUCCCUGACCUGGGGGAUUUCGCCUCUUUAAACGAGGGACCCGGCUCUGGUGAGAUCAGCGGGAUCCAGCGCUGCGCCUUCGGUGCCAGGAUGUAUGGAUUUAUAAACACAUGCCUGAAGUUUUUGGUGGCUGAAAAAUAUGGUGAAGAAACAUGGGAAAAAUUAAGAAUCCAGGCAGGAGUUCAGGACACAUUUCUGACUUUUGAAGUUUACAAAGAUGAGAUCACAAUGCAGCUAAUUGACAAAGCCUGCAAAAUGUUAGAUGUCCCCCCUGAUAUGGUUCUGAAGCAGUUUGGAGAGUUUUUCUUUGAAUUUUGCAAACGGUCAGGCUAUGACCAUAUGCUGAGAACUUUGGGUGGAAAUCUCUAUGAGUUCAUCGAGAACUUGGAUGCAUUACAUAGCUACCUGUCUCUUUCUUAUCAGGAGAUGAAUGCACCUUCUUUUAGGGUAGAAAAGAAUGAAGAUGGGUCAAUGCAUUUGCAUUACUACUCAGACAGAAGAGGUCUCUGCCAUAUUGUUCCAGGAAUCAUUGGUGCAGCAGCCCUGGAUUUUUUCAACACUGAAAUUUCAAUGGAAAUAGUCAAUCAAACAGAGGAGGAAGAAAGAACUGGGAAAAAAGAACAUAUAGUUUUCCUUGUCACUCAAAAACCUGUAUUUUCAUACAAAAAGAGAAAUAAAUUCUCUUCCUCACCACAAUACAUUGCUGACUCUGGAAGGCAAAUUGAGAAACAACUGAAUAAAGAGGAUAUUGAAAAAAACCUGAAUAAGAUUAGAGACAGAACAAGCCUUGUUUCUAUUUGUCCUGCCAAGAAAAAUCACUGGGAAACAAUCAGAGGAAUCGUUACACUAGGAAGAGGUAAACUUCUGAGAGGAUUUGAUCCUGCUUAUCCUACAACCCUCUGGAUAGAUACAAAAACAUUUUGCAAUGGACUUCCUUUCCAUAUUGUUUUUGAUGAAGAGCUCAGAGUAAAGCAAUCUGGGGUGAGCAUUCAAAAGAUUGUCCCUGGCCUUCAGACCAUGGGCAUUCGCCUGGAUCAUUACUUCAGUAUCGUGCACCCAGAAGUGACAUUCACCAUCUCUAGCGUUCAGAAGUUUAUCAACAGUCAAUUUGUUUUCCGGACUAGGAGAGAGAUGAUGCCAGAGUCAUGGAAACAACGUCCAAUGCUAGAGCUGAGAGGCCAGAUGAUCUGGAUGGAGUCUCUGCAGUGCAUGCUCUAUCUCUGCUCACCUUUACUGCGCACUUUGCAUGAGUUGGAAGAGAGACAGAUGCACAUUGCAGACAUAGCACCUCAUGACGUUACCAGGGAUUUGAUUCUUCUCAACCAGCAAAGGCUGGCUGAGAUGGAGCUCUCCAACCAGCUGGAGAGGAAGAAAGAAGAACUGCGGAUACUCUCAAAGCACCUGGAGGAAGAGAAGAAAAAGACCGAAGCUCUGCUCUAUGCCAUGCUUCCAAAGCACGUGGCCAACCAGCUAAAAGAGGGGAAACGAGUUGAGGCAGGAGAGUUUAAAGAAUGCACCAUAUUGUUCAGCGAUGUUGUGACCUUUACCAACAUUUGUGCCCAGUGUGAGCCUAUUCAGAUAGUCCUCAUGUUAAAUUCAAUGUAUCUACGAUUUGACAGACUAACCACAGUGCAUGAUGUCUACAAGGUGGAGACAAUAGGCGAUGCCUACAUGGUGGUAGGAGGUGUCCCUGUGCCUGUAUCUACUCAUGCUGAGCGAGUUGCCAACUUUGCCCUGGGAAUAAUCAUAGCAGCCAAAGAAGUGAAGAAUCCAGUUUCUGGAAAUCCUAUCCAAAUUAGAGUUGGGAUCCACACAGGUCCUGUCCUGGCUGGAGUAGUUGGAGAAAAGAUGCCUCGUUAUUGCUUGUUUGGAGACACCGUGAAUAUAGCUUCCCGGAUGGAGAGUCAUGGGAUUCCAAGUAAAAUUCACCUUAGCCCCACUACCUAUUACUGCCUAAAAGACAAAAGUUUUGAGAUGACCGAAAGAGGAGAGAUCGAAGUGAAGGGCAAAGGGAAAAUGUAUACGUAUUUCCUGAUUAGAAACAGGACUGCAACUGAGAAUGAGAUCAUGGGAAACCCAAUAAAGGAAUCAGAUUCUGACCAUGAAUCUGUUCAGUCCUUUCAGGAGUCUAGGAUCAAAAUGAUACAAAGUUCAUGUCAGCAAGCUAUGCAGCUCAAUUCAGACCAGUAUCAGCCUCCAACCAUAGCAAUGAAGUACAUUGAUGGUCUUACAGAAACACAAGCCAGUUACAAAGGAAGAAGUCAAGAAAGAAUUAUGGAUUUAACAGGCAAAACACAUGACUUUGAAAGCUAUGGAUGUCUCCAUGGUGACCAGCAGCCCGGCAGUGAUCCUUAUCUACCCAACCAGGAAAGAAUCAAAUCAGCACCUGAAGAACCACAGAACAGAAAUGUCAGAUCCAAUUUUUGCAAUUUAGUUUAAGCUGCUGCCUUUUAAAGUUAAACAGGGUAACCAGCUAUCAAUCAUCUCCUUGCUAGGACGUGUGAGGAUGCAAGGCUCAGCGCUGGGCAGAGUAUGGGGCUCCACUCUGGAAGGGAAUUAGCACUUGAAUGGCUGAAUAAUGUCAUUUGCCCCUUCUCCAGUUUGGAAGCUCACACAACUGCAUCACCCAUGAAGACCUCUCUGGACCAGCAGACAGUAAGGCAAAUUUGAUUUAUACUAGGUCAUUUUCCACUGAAAACACUGUGAAUGUUUAACAUGUGAAAUAUUUUAAAUGCUAGUAACUAGUCCAAUUCUAAGCGCUAUUGAAUAAUUUAUUCCAGGGGUUCUCAAACUGUGGGUUGGGACCCCAAAGUGGGUUGCAACCCUGUUUUAAUGGGAUCCCCAGGGCUGGUGUUAGACUUGCUGGGGCCUUGGGCUUCAGCUUUGCUCCCCCAGCAGUGGGGCUGGACUCAGGCUUCGGUCCCCCUUUUUGGGGUCAUGUAGUAAUUUUUGUUGUUGGAAGGGCGUCACGAUGCAAUGGAGUUUGAGAACCGCUGAUUUAUUCUGUUAAGUUUUAUUUCAUGCUCUGUGUGUGUGUGUGUGUCUGUGUCUGUGUGUAUUUUAAAUCUACAUGGGCAAUGUCUUCAGUAUGUACUCUCUUAUACAAAGUCCUUCUAAUGUCUCCCAUACGGAGAUCCAUCCAAGAUAUCCUAUGGGCACCCGGUUUUUAAAAAUAAAUUAUGGCUGCACAUCAUUAGUUGUUCUUAAAGCAACAAAUACCACUAAAGAUGUUGAAAUAAAGGGGACUAGACACACAACAUAAAUAGUUUGGGUUUCACUUCACUAUUCAUGACUUUUUACAAACACUAUGGGAAGUUAGUGCAGGUUUGCGCUCCUAAAUCAACUAAGUGCUUUUGAAAAUCCCACCCAUAGUGUCUUACAAAAGAAUCAAAACUUGUUGCUAAAAAAGAACCUGGGCUAAAAUUUUCAAAAGCACCUAGAGGAGUUAGGCACCUUAGACAUUUUUUACCCAUAAUUAACAAUGUAAUUUCAAGUAGAACUGGGGAAAACAGUCCCAAACUCUCAAAACCUUCCCAUUUUUCAGUAACUUUUUCAUUGGUUCUGUUCGCCCCACCCCACUUCUUAUGAACAUUGAAGCAAUAAAAUUUUACUUGCAAAAAUAUACAAGGAAAUUUAAUUUUUAGGUUGCAGCCAUAUUAUUUAUUACUUCUACUGUGAUCAGAGCCGUCAUUGUGCUAGGGAAUGAACAUACACCUAGCAGGAGACAGUCUCGGCUCCAGCGACCUUACAAUCUAAAUAGACAUGUCAGAAAAGGGGUGAGAGAAAAGAAAUCUGAUUGCCACUUUAUGGAUAGGAAACCAAGGCACAGAGAGAUUUUCAAAUUGUGUAAGGGAUUUCGAUGCACAAUUCUCAUUAAACCUGGGAUAUUCAAAGGAGUCUAAGGAUUUUAGAUCACAAGAAUACAAUUUUCAAAAAUAUCUAAGUGACAUAGGAGUCUAAAUCCCAGUUUCAAAAGCAACACAGACAGCGACUUUCAUAAACAAACAUUUUAAUUUAGAUUCCACAUUAAAAGAAAAAAAAUAUUUCUAAUAGAUUCAGGGGAAAAAAAAUCAGAAAACCAGUGAAACAUUUCAACUGAAACAAACAUUUUAUUUUGUUUUUAAUUUAUUUGUGCAAAAUAGUUCCUAUUUUCAACCAGCCUAACUGAGUUCUUUUAAAAGCCUCACCCUACAUUUUCAAGUAACUUAUAUUUAAAUAUGCAGGAGAAGGGAACACUCAAAUAAAUAAUAAUAAAAAAAAUUGUAGAAGCAGAAACCGAUAUUGAUCUAAAGAAGUCAAAGUUGAACUGCUCAAAAUAAUUAGGCAAAAGAUUUGCAAUAGUUAUGUGAAACUCUUGCCAGAAAUACAGCCCCUUUCAAAGGGCUGAUGACUAAAGCUUAGUAAAUAAUUCACAGUGUAUAGUUUGUUUGAUGAAUUUAGACUUUUUCCAUUUAUAUUUGAUGAGUAGCCCAUAGUUCUUGCAGAUAUAUUCAUUAUUCAAAAUCAUUUGCCAAAUAAUUUAUACAACUAAUUCUUAGUUUUUAGCUCAUCCACAUGGAAAUCACUGUCUACAUGCAAGAUCUGACAUUUAAAAUUCAAGCUGUGUUGGUUAGCUUUGGUUGAGCCCAUUGGUCAUGAGGCAUUGCUAGUGUUCUGUGGCUCUGAUUCAGGAAAGCACUUAAGCAUGUCCUAAAGUCUCACUGAUUAGGGAUGCUUUCCACAAUCCAAGCCUGACUGGAUGUACACUUAGCAUCUAGUUUCUGGUGAGAGAAAGCUUAUGUUUGCAAAUAUAAAAAGUCACUUUCGGCAAAUAUUUUCUAAAAUUAGCUGUUCAUUGGGCUGUCCUGCCAAUAAACUUAUUUGCAGGCAUGUUCACAAAUCAUGAACAAAUGGAGCCAAAAGGAAAUCAGUUUUUUAUUAGAGUGACUAUCUAUGGAAACAGUUUUUGAGCUAUUCACCCAGUUCUACUGGCAACAUUACAAAGCAUCACUGGAUCCAGAUUGAACAUGAAAAACAACAUGAGCAGUGAGCUCACACAUUCUCAUCUCAGUGAGAAUAUAAAGAUUAUUUUCUAAAAACAACAAACUAAACUUUAAAAUUUCAGAAAUGAGACACGGUGAGAAACUUUUUUACAAGAACACAUUUAGCUGAAUGUAAAUUGAUGGAGUAAACUCUCAGUCAUUGCUCUAAAAAUAUUCAGAUAAAUAUGUUGUUUAAGUGCAGUCAAUUGGAAUAAAUCCCUUCUGUAGCCACAUACUAUAUUAAUCAUGUGUAUAAACACCUCCUCUUUGUGCUUAUGGUUAGUGAUAUGCAUAUACCUGGACAGUGUAUAGAGAAAUAGGAUUGUAUGUGCAAUAUUCCAGUCUGUAAAUAUUUGCAGCCAAAUUAAACAAUGUUUUGGCAAUGUCUGUUUCUUUAAAUAACUGGAGCGGGUAAAUAGUUCACAAUAAAUAAUUUACUUGAUGAGUU